AUGCCCUCUUAUUUCUAUCACAUAUCACUUGAACUUUUACCUUUCUCAGGAUCUUCUCUCAGUCGUGCAUCUCCGGACUUUGAUCGGAAGCAUUGUACGUCGUUAGCAUUUGAAUCCGCCUGCGAAGCUCUUCUUCCGUUUCAAAAGCGCGGACACUCCAAAUUACCGGUGCGAGGUGGACGCGGCAGAGGAGGUGAUAAAACGCCUGCCAGCUUAGGGGUAAUUGACAGCGGCGGUAUCGCGACCACGUCAGCUGGGGUUCAAGAAGACAAGAACCAAUGUCUGGUUCCGGGGGUGUUCAGCCCUUCGCAGACCACCGACAGCGCGAUUACAGCUAAGAGCACAUCCCACUUGCAAUCAACCACGCCUGCUUCUACUAUUGAAUCGGAUCCGAGAUUCGAUAAGAUCUCCAUCGAGAGUAUCGAUAUGAUAGCUCCGGAGCAGACCACGCCGCAGUCGAAGCGGGCCGAGAAGAACGCAGGAAACAAUGCAAUCACCACAGGCAUUGGCACAGAUAUCCUAGGGGGCCUCCAUACGAAGGGAAGAUAUAUCCCGCUUGACCAGAAGCUCUCCGACAGCGUGUGGGGGAUCGUUCAUCUGUAUCGAGAUGCAAAGGAAACGCCGUCGCUGAUGGUGGAUGAUUAUCCUCCAGAUCUGAAAGGGUCCUCGGCUGCUCGGAAACCUGCAGACCAGCUGGGUGACGGCGGGAAGCAUCGUUCAGAUGGCAAUGCAGCAGAGAACCUCUCCUCACUGCCGGACGAGGAUUGCACGACGCUCUGCAUCUUGGCGGUGCCAUCAUACCUCUCGCCGUCGGACUUUCUGGGCUUUGUCGGAGAGGAAACGCGAGAUAAUGUCAGCCAUUUUCGGAUGAUCAGGACGGCGAGGGCAAAUCGAUACAUGGUUCUCAUGAAGUUCCGAAGUGGGAAGAAGGCUAGAGAGUGGCAGAAAGAGUGGAACGGGAAGGUCUUCAACAGUAUGGAGCCCGAAACUUGCCAUGUAGUGUUUGUGAAAUCAGUCGAGAUCAGUGUCGCCCCGAAUUCGAACUUAUCAGACGGCACCGAAGCUAUUUCGUCUGCCUCCCUCUCUGCGAAGCCGCUAGCACCGCCUACGCCCUCCCUUAUCGAGCUGCCUACUUGUCCUGUUUGUCUCGAGCGGAUGGAUGAGACUACGGGUCUGUUGACUAUUAUCUGUCAACAUGUCUUCCACUGCACGUGUCUGCAAAAGUGGAAAGGCAGUGGUUGUCCGGUGUGCAGGUACACAUUGGAUGAUUUUGGUCGACGUGGCCAGGGCAUGGAUACGGACGUCGGGCCAAGCGAAUGCAGCGUGUGUCACUCGGAGGUGAACCUCUGGAUUUGUCUGAUAUGCGGUAAUAUCGGCUGUGGUCGAUAUGACGGGGCGCACGCGUUCGCGCACUUCAAGGAGACGUCCCACGCAUUCUCCAUGGACCUCGCUACACAAAGGGUCUGGGACUACGUGAGUGAUGCUUACGUUCACCGCAUCAUCCAGAGCAAAUCCGAUGGCAAACUUGUGGAACUUCCUGCAGCGGACAAUUCCGCCCUGGACCCGCCCGACUGGACGGAUGCUGUCCCGCGGGAGAAGUUGGAAAACAUGAGCGUGGAGUACACGCAUCUCCUGACCAGCCAGCUCGAGAGCCAGCGGGCGUAUUUCGAGGAGAUUGUGGAACGCGCAGCGGACAAGGCUUCGCAAGCCAGUGCUGCUGCAUCGUCUGCGCAGGAGGCAGCGGAGAAGGCUAAUCAAAGCCUGAGGGAUUUGCAGCGGCAGUAUGACGUCCUCGCCAAGGAAACAGUUCCCAGUUUGGAACGCGAGAAGGAGCGGGCUGAGCGGCGAGCAGAAAAGUUUGAGACGAUGGCGCGCAAGAUGGAAAAGGAAUGGCGAGAAGAGAAGGCGAUGAAUGAGAAUCUACUGAAGCGGGUUGAGCUCUUGACGGAGGAAGUCAAGAAGCUCAAGGCAGAGAACGAAGACCUGACCGAGCAGAAUCGCGACCUGACCUUCUUCAUCAGCGGGUCGGAAAAGCUCAAGGGUCAGGGCGAGGACGUUGUGGAGGGGACGAUAAGCAUUCCCGAGGAUACCUCGAAAAAGAAGAAGGGUAAAGGAAGGAGGAGAUGA